AUGAGUGAAACACCAUCAACCAACUAUUCGGUGAUUCAGCACCACACUUCAGAAAGUGAACAGUCUUUGUCUGCACGGCCUUUCAAUGUCACAGAACCUGUUGUGGCCAAGAGAGUCUGCUUUUACAAGAGUGGAGACCCUCAAUUUAAUGGAGUCAAAAUGGUUGUCAAUAACCGUUCUUUCAAAUCAUUCGAUGCCUUGCUUGACAACUUGUCAAAAAGAGUACCACUGCCUUUUGGGGUGAGGAAUAUCACGACACCACGGGGAAUACACAGCAUCAAUAACCUGGAAGACCUUGAAGAUGGAAAAUCAUACAUCUGUUCCCAACAAAGAAAAAUCAAGCCCAUUAACCUGGAAAUGGCCAGUAAAAAGCCAUUGCCAUGGCAGAACAGCAGACCAAUCAGUGCUCGCCGACGGGCUGGACAGCUAGCUAGAGAAGGGGACCGCAGUGCAUUCCAGAGCACAGUCAAAUUAAGCACUCCUAAGAAACUGCUGGUUUUCAAAAAUGGCAAUGUAAGAAUUCGACGCACGGUUGUCUUAGGCAAGAAGAACACACAAAACUUUGAGGCCUUUCUGGAGCACAUCAGUGAAUUAAUGCAGUAUCCAGUCGUGAAAUUAUAUACUACUGAUGGGAGAAAGGUCUCCAACCUUCAAGCUUUGGUUCUGUGUUCUGGAGCUGUUGUUGCAGCAGGGAGAGAACCUUUCAAAGCAGGGAAUUAUGAUCCUCAUAGGUACUCAUUACCUGGUAAACUGCCUGGCUCCUCCAAUCGUGUAUACCCCAGAACCAAUGCCAAGUCAGAGAGCAGAAAAACUACAAAAUGGAAGGUAACAGUUUGUACUGGUAACCAGCCAUCUUCAGGUACCAGCUCACAAGUAUAUAUUACUUUAUAUGGGGAUCAAAGUAAUUCAGGAGCUAUUUUUCUAUAUGGAGAAGAGAAAGAGAUGUUUAGAAGAGGAAAUACAGAUACAUUCAUUAUUGACACAGAAGACAUAGGAGAUCUAUACAAAAUACGAAUAGGACAUAAUAACUCUGGAGAAACUCCUGCUUGGUACUGCAAAGAGCUGCAAUUGCAGAACCUUGUUUCAGAGGAACAGUUUGAUUUUCCUGUUGAUAAAUGGCUGGCACUAAACCAAGAUGAUGGUGAAAUCUGUCAGGAAUGUCCCGUUUUACAGCAGGGUCAGCCUCUUCUUCCAGUGGUGGUGUAUGAGCUUCAUGUGGUCACAGGUGACUUAUGGAAUGCUGGAACAGAAGCUGAUGUCUACAUUGUACUCUAUGGCAAAAAAGGUGAUACAGGAUCCCGACAACUCCUUAGGUCAAAGAAUCCUAGGAAAUAUCUAAAGGGACAAACUGAUGCGUUCUCCCUUGAAGCUGUGCACCUUGGAAGUUUACGCAAGAUUGUUAUAGGACACAAUGGAGUUGGCACAGGAAAUGGUUGGUUUCUGGAGAAAAUUGUAGUCAAGGACCCAAUCACUCACCUGGAUUAUAAUUUCAUGUGCCACAGGUGGCUAGAUGCAGGACAAGAUGAUGGCAAAAUUGUCAGAGAACUGUAUGCCAUUGAUAACUACACUCUUGCAAUGAGACAAGAAAUGGAAGUCAAGAAAGCAGAAAUGUGGGCCGUAGAAAAAUGGAAAUUUCAGAAAGGCAAUACACUUCAGUUUUACAACAAGGUGACCCAUGGUUUCAUACGCCUCAGUCAAGAUAGAACUGUUGAUACCCUUGGCACCAAGAAAGACAAACAUGGUUUUUUUGAUGUGACUGUCAAGAAAGGAAACACGUGGAUAUUUAAAUGUCACCCAAUGCCAAAGCAUGCACUUGCUGUUGCUCAUGGCUCUGUCACUGGAAUGGACCAUGGGGACAGCCACUGUGAAUUGCAAGUUCAUGUUCAGCCAGAUCGCUCAAUAAUUCUGGAAUCAGCCCAGAGCCCAGGACAAACUGUGGCUUUCACUCUCCAAGGAACAGUACCUGAUGAUACCACAGGCUACGCAGGAUUGACAAGGGAAUUUAUUGUUCAUGUUAAGGGAGUGUUCCACAAUAGUGCCAUAAUUCUGCUCACUACUAGCUACUGCCAGUCUCUCUGCCUGAGGCCUGAUGGGAGCUGCUGUGGAGCAGGAAAUCAAUCUGAAGACUCUUACUGGAGGAUAAAUAAAAUCAGCUCUGGAGUAUGUAUGUUUGAAAGUGUGAAAAUCCCCAGAAUGUUUCUAAGGAUCAAAGAUGGUCAAUGUGACGGAAGAGGCACAGGUGAUGUGGACUGCCAUUUUAUAGUGGAGAAAAAUUUAGAAAGUGGAUCGAUAAGCCUAGAAUCUGUACGAAACAGAGGAAUAUAUGUUGGCCUUCUACCUAAUGGUCAGACUAAACCAGUUGUUCAUACUGGAGAAAGUAAUGUUUUGUUUUAUCCACAAGUUGUCAAAUUUGGUAGAGAAAAGCCUAUGGGAACGUCUGCAACUCCUGUCCAGCAGAAAGACGUGAUCACAGAAUCCAGACAGCACAAAGCAGGAAUAGAGACUCUACCAUCCCAUGGACAACCACGUUCUCCUCUCUCACAAGCUACCUAGAAGGAAAUUAAAAAUGUCCAAAAGGGUGAGCUUCCUUUUCCUUCAGAUGAAAAAUGGAAAGUGUCAGUACUAACAGGAAAUACAGGAACUCAAGCAAAUGUCACUCUCUGGAUAUAUGGAGACAAAGGACUUACUGGACCCAUAACUCUUAGCAAGGACAACAGACAACAGCUGUUCCUACCCAGGACUGAAAAUGCAUUUCAGGUUGAAAUUAAAUCCAUUGGAAAUAUCUACAAAAUCAGAAUAGGGCAUGAUGCAACAAGCAAACAACCAGAAUGGAUGUUGGACAAAGUGACACUGCACCACUUGAAGAGUGGGAAAAUAUUGAAUUUUCCAGCAAACAAAUGGCUGUCAAGAAACCGGGGGAAUGGAGAUACUAUAUGUGAACUUCCAGUAGUAGAAAAAGGAAGAAGCCUUUAUCCAACUGUGAAUUAUAAGGUCUAUGUGUAUACGGGACAACUGGAGCAAGCUGAAACAGAUUCUUCAAUUUAUUUGGGCAUCUAUGGAGAAAGAGGUGACUCUGGAUUAAGACUUCUUCACAAAUCCAACAAUGCCAUAAAAUUUCAGAGAGGAAAGACUGACAUGUUUGAAAUACAAGCUGUGUCUCUUGGAAAUCUACAGAAAGUGCUGUUGUGCUGCAAGGCAUAUAACAUGUCACAGAACUGGUACUGUGAGAAAGUAAUCAUCAGAGAACCUGAGAAGAACUCAGAAUACAUUUUCAUCUGUGAGAGAUGGCUGCCUAAUAUGUCAGAAGGCAUAAUUCAUUCAGAAAUAGAGCUCUCCCAACAAGAAAUGCAAAUAAAUCAUCAGCCAAAAAUGCAAGAGGAAGAAAAUGGAGAAGAUUGGAAAAUCACAGUAGUCACUGGCUCUUCCGAAACAGCUGGCACAACAGCAACUGUGUCCCUUUAUGUUUAUGGAGAAGACAAGGCUUCAGGUCCUUUUAUGCUGGGAUCUGGGGAACACCAGCUGUUCAAUCCCUACAGUGUAGAUACAUUCAAGAUUAAUCUAAAAGAUGUAGGAGAGCUGUAUAAAAUCCGGAUUGGCCAUGACAACAGUGGACCAGAUCCUAGUUGGUACCUGCAAGAGAUUAGACUUCAAAGAAUGAGUACACCACCAGAGAAAGAAAUUCGUUUAACUAUCAACUGCUGGCUGUCUGAAGAUCAAGAUGAUUCAGAUACAUGGCAAGAAAUACCAGUAAGAAGACAUGGAAAAGAACUUCUACCAGUGGUACUUUAUGAUAUUGCUGUAUACACUGGGUCAAACCCUGGUGCAGAAACUAAUUCUAAUGUAUAUAUCACUGUCUUCGGAAACAGAGGGGAUUCUGGGAAACGAAAACUUCGCACAUCAAGAUUUAAUAAAGUCAAAUUUCAGCGUGGUCAGACUGACAUGUUCUACAUGACUGCUGUAUCACUUGGGGUUCUGAAUAAAGUUCUCAUUAGCCAUGAUGGAUCUGGUCCAGGCAGUGGGUGGUUCCUUGAAAAGAUUAUAAUUUCAUAUGAAGAUGAAGGUGGAGUGGAAAAAGUUGUGUUUCCCUGCAAUAGAUGGCUAGAUGAAUACAAAGAUGAUGGGAAGACACACAGAGAGUUAAUUACCAUAAUGAAUGGGAGUGUGUCAACAAUUUAUACUAGAGGACAAUGGAGAGUGUGGGUUAAGACUGCAGAAGAUUCCCCAGAGCCACAGGACUGUAAGAGAACCCUCGUAAUUUAUGGCUCAAAAGGCAAAAGUGAUGAACUUCUCCUUUCUCCACAAAGCUUGGGAUAUGUGUGCUUUCAACCAGGAGCAACUGAUGAAUUCUUUAUUGAAUCUGGAGACAUUGGAGAUGUGUACAAGAUUCGGGUCAGCUGUGAUGAUUUACUAGGCUUUGAGGGCUGGCAUUUGAAGUCUUUUGAAAUGGAAGAGGUAUACACUAAUCGAGUGUUGAACUUUGACUCUAGCUGCUGGUUCUCUCUUAGCCCAGAACACAGAGAGCUGGUGAAAGAAUUCCCUGCAGUGAAUGAUAACCAGAAACCUUUACCAGUGCAUAAAUAUAUCAUCUCUGUCCACACUGGUGAUCUCUGGGGAGCAGAAACCUUUGCAAAUCUUUAUGUAACUGUUUAUGGUGAAAGAGGAGAUACAGGUGUCAGGAAGCUGCAGCACUCUCUUACAGCGGGAGAAAUGUUUCAAAGGAAUAAGGUGGAUUCCUUUUUAGUGGAGGCUGUCUCUUUGGGCCACCUGAAAAAGAUAGUUGUAGGACAUGAUGGAGAAGGAUAUGGAGCGGGAAUAUUCUUAAAAAUGGUAACAAUUAAGAAGUCAGAAAAUUCAGAUACAGAAUGGCUCUUCCCAUGUUGGAACUGGCUGGAUACUCAUCUGGGAAUCUGUGACACAGUCUGUGAGAUUGAAACAGUAGGUAAAAGAAAGACCUCUUGUUCAAUACAUCCUGAAAUCAACAGAGAGUUUUCAGGUUUAUGGAUAGUAGAUAUCAUUGGGUCUGACCCGAGUGCUAAAAUUGAUCCUAUACAUCUUACUUUCAACUUUUAUGGAGACCAAAAUCACAAAAAGUUGACACUCCAGCUAUCAGAAAAUGAAACGCAUAUCAAAGAUGAACUAAAAAACAUUGGCUCCCUUUACAAGAUUCAGAUAUCUGGUCCACACAAUCAGAUAAAUGAGCCUUGGCAUUUGGACAUGUUGCAUAUGAAACAUACAGGCACCAACCAAGAGAUGUGGUUAAAUUUUGACACUUGGUUCAAACCCAAGGAAGAAAAAUGUGUUGAAUUACCAGCAUUCUAUUCCAAUCAGGAUCCUUUGCCUGUGGUGGAAUAUUCAAUCCAUGUGCAUACUGGAGACAAAAAGAAAGCUGAUGCUAGUGGAGACGUCUAUCUUUGUCUUCAAGGGGACAGAAGUGACUCUGGGAAACGAUGGCUUAAUGAUUCUGAAAAAGGCCCAAUAUGUUUUGGAAGAGGGGAGGUGGAUGUUUUCAGAAUCAAAGCAGUACACCUUGGGAAUCUGAACCAGGUCCUUGUGGGAUUUAGAAGUUUAACCAAAGAUGAUUGGUUCUUAGAAAAGAUUGUAGUAAAAGAAGGGAGUUACCCCUUCACUUCAUAUAUCUUUGUCCACAAUAACUGGAUCAGUAAACAUUCAAAGAAAGUUUUUACAGAAACUGCAGUUCCACUGAAAGAAACCAUUUCAGCAUCUGGUUCAUUUAAAGAUUUUGGUGCUAAAAGCAAAGGACAGUGGCAAAUGUGGGUGGAUUGUGCUCAUGCUCCAGAAAAAAUGCCUGAUGUAGAAGUACUUGUGUUUGGAACCAGGGGGAAAUCCCAUGCAAAGAGAGUUCACAGUUUUAAAAAUGAAUCCUUUCUGUUGAGUGCUGGUGAUAUUGGCAGCAUAACAAAGAUUUCAUUUAUGUUAUCCAACCUACGUUUGAAUAAAGGAAUCAAACUUUCCAAGCUUCGGAUGAAAGACUUGGAUUCUAAAGAAGAGCUGGGUUUUUACCCUUUGAACCGAUGGCUCUUUGAAGAAGAUGGGUCAGAGACUGUGACAGAGCUAGCUGCAGUCAGACCAGAUGUAGCACCACUUAAGGAUGUUACAUACUCAAUCAGUGUCUACACAGGAACACUACCUGCAUCAGAAACAGAUGCAGAAAUCUUUAUUACAAUAUUUGGGGAAAAUGGAGACUCUUCCAAAAGAAGACUUAAAAAUCUAAAGUCUUGCACACAUUUUGAAAAGGGUCAGGUGAGUACCUUCAGCAUCCGAGGAAUAGAUCUGGGAAUAUUAAGCAAAGUGCUUGUGGAACACAACAGAUAUGGUUACGGAGCUGGUUGGUACCUUGAAGAAAUCAUAAUACAAGAAUUAGAGAAAUGUAAUGGCCAGUAUGUAUUCUCAUGCCAACAAUGGCUAGACAGUGGAGUUGCUGAUGGAAGGAUGAAAAAAGAGCUCCAGCUUCUUGGAAAAGCCAGGAAAGAAAAGCCAGUAGGAAGAAUUCACGGAACCUGGGAUAUCAUUGUUUCCACUAGCAACGCUUUAAACAAUAAUGUGAACCCUAAGUUAACUAUAACAGCUUGUGAUGACAAAGGUGCAUCUGCUUCAGUCUUAAUUACCAAAGGAUCAUUUAAGAGAGAUGAGGCUUAUCAAACAUCUCUGGAGCUAGAUAAGACAUUUGGUAUGAUACGCAAAGUUCGCCUGGAAGUAGAAGACACAGAUGGGAAAACAUGGCAUUGCCAUGAGGUAAAGCUUCAGCACAGAAAAAGUAAAGAAACUCUUGAAUUUCCCUGUCUGCGGGAUUUUUCAGAUACUGAAGGUUGCACAGUUGCUGAACUGCCAGUACUCACAGUUGGCAGCAGGUUUUUAACAGUUAAACAGUAUGUUCUGUACAUCUCAACGGACUCAUCCUUGGAGUCAGGAACAGACUCAGAUGUGUAUAUCACUUUGAAAGGAUCAAUAGGAGACACUGGCAGGAGGAAAUUGCCAAGGAAUGAGAAAGACAGUUUUGCCAAGGGGAAGGUGGAUAUUUUUCAUGUAGAAGCAGUAGACAUUGGCACUCUGCAUGAGCUUGUUGUAGAAAAAGGAAAAGGCUCUGAUUGGUUCCUUGAGAAGAUUAUUGUAAAGGAGUCAGACUUUACAGGAAGAGAGAUACUGUUUAUGGCUCAAACAUGGCUAAAAGACAGAACUGAUAGGAAAAGAUGGGCUUCAGUAACUCUGAAUGUUACAGAAAUACAGGGGGAAAGCAUUACUGCUUCACUGUUACGAAGGCAACAAAUGAAAUCAGAUGGUCUAUGGAAGAUUUAUUUCACUGAAUGUCAUGAAGAUCCAUCAAAAGAAUUUAGAAAGUCUUGGGAAAACAUUUCUAAACUAAUUGUGGUAUUUUAUGGAAAUAAUGGCAAAUCAGGGCCCUUUUCCUUGGAGGACAACAUAGGGGAACAAGCUGAGGACCAAACAACAUAUGAUGUGCAUUUACCAUUUGAUCUAGGAAUGCUCUAUAAAGUGAAGCUGGGAUUUCAUCACUUGGGAGAAAGCAUAUUCCAAUUGUUUCAUCACUGUAAAAUGCAGAACACAGUAACCUUGGAUACCUUUACUUUUUAUAUAAAUAAAACACUUCCUCUUCUUAAUGGAAACCGAUGGAUUGAACUCCCUGUUGAGUGGCCAUUAAGGGAAGCACUUUCCGUGGUUACAUAUAAUAUAAAAGUAUUCUCCACUGAUGAUUUGAGCAAAAUAAACUCAGUACAUAUGUCUCUGUGUAUAUAUGGGACUAAUGGAGAAACAGAAGAUCGAACACUUUCAUUGACAUUGUCAUCUAUAGCUCACCAAGGAGAAGACAAUGAGUCAUUUACAGGUCAGAUAGAUGCUGUGGAUCUGGGAGAACUGAAAAAAGUUAUGCUCCUUAUCAGAAGCAAGUCAUCCUGCAGCCUGGGAAUUAAAGCCCUGCAUUUAAAGGAAGACCCAAAACAGGAUCCCGUCUAUAUAUUUGAAGUGAAUGAAACAUUCCUUUUGGAUGCAAGUGAAGCUGAAAUUAGAAAAGAAAUCCCCUUAUCUUGGAUUCAGAAGGAAGAUGGACCAGAAGAUCUUGUUGAGUAUAUCAUUAAAGUGUACACAGGUGACAAGAGAGGAGCAGGGACUGAUGCCAAUGUCCACAUAAUUUUGUUUGGAAACUUGGAUACAUCUUCACUAACUCAACUAAGUAAAUCUCUAGAUCAUCGGGAUACCUUUGAAAGAGGAAAGAUGGAUACAUUCAAAAUUAAGACAAAGAAAGUUGGAAGGCUGCAGAAAAUUGAAAUUGGGCAUGAUGGGAAAGGAUUUGGAAGUGGCUGGUUUCUGGAAAAAGUCGAAAUCACAAAUAUGUCUACAAAUGAACAAUACAGCUUCAAUUGCAACCGGUGGCUUGCUGAAGAUGAAGGUGAUGGACGCACUGUAGUGCAGCUUUACAUAUAAUUAUGCUUUCUGAGAAUCCUGUUUAAACAUGUUUCUCUCUCUCCUUCAAUCUGAUCCAAUUUAUUUAUAUUUCCUAAUUGUAAAAGAGCUGUAAUUAUCAUGAAGAAAAAUCAAAACAGUCCAUCACAUUUUAGUAUUCUUGUAAGAAUGUUACUGAAAAUUCUGAACACCUUUAUCCAAGCAGAAACAAAUUGAGAUCUAAUGUUACAAUACAAUUUUGGAUAUGUGACACAUCUUUCACAAUAUCUGUAGGAUCUGUGGUAUUUUUCCCCUAAGGAAAAAGAAAAGGAAAAUGUGUAUCAUCUGCUGUCUGAUGAAAUAGCUUUGUUGAUAUUUUGUAAUCUUUUAAAGUAAAUUAAUGAGAACACCUUCCCAGUAUUACCACAUGAGUUUUAUCCAAAUCAUAUAGGUAUCCCCCAUAAACUCAGACAUUGUGAACAUCUCCCUGUGGAUAAAUCACUCUCAGAAGUUAAUAUGUAGUUAAUAUGUAAACAUGCUGUAACAGAAGUAGACAACAGCAAGAAGAGACAGCGCAGACUCAAAUUAGAGAAUCUAGAAAUGAUUUAGCUCAGACUGACUGGAGGUCAUCCAAUUCAAUUGGGUGUCAAUCCCAAUUCAAAAAUCCAGAUCUAGCUACCUUUUAUUGACUAUCAUUGGAAACUAAAAAACAGCAAAUUUUCUGUUUGUCAGAAAUGGAUGAAGGUUGCAGGAACAGCAACCCUUUGAGGAGGAAAUGAAGCCUACCAUACUACAGACAAAUAGAUAUACAAGACUUUGUGCCAAAUACACUUAUGUUUUCACCUUUUAAAAAGGGAAUAGCACACAGUCAAAAAUCCUGUUGGUGCACUACACUCAUCUAAUUACACUGGCUUAGGUGAUGACAGCAGGAGGGGGAAACCAUGGGUGCAGCAGCCAUGAAGGAAAUAGGCUUUUUCAAAAUCAGGAGAUUUUAGCCAGAAUGUCUCUUUUUGGAAGGAGGGCAAGAUGAUAUUUUGUAGUCCUAUGUGCAACAUUUAAAACUCUGCCACCAAAGCAAUCAAGUGUUACCAGUGAAGAGUAGACAGAGUGUACUACUGAUAUUUUUAUAUCAUACUUCUUGAUAAGGAGUAUGGAGGCAGAGAGCAUUCAGUGGUUCAGCUGUACAGAUUUUUUUGCAUAUGUUAGACACUCAAAUUGUUUAAGAAUUAUCCACCCUUAAUCUUUUUAGCCAACCACUUAUUUCUCCACUUGCAACUGAUUAGCGUCAGGUUGCAGAAAUUAACUUCCUUACUAACCUUUAACUUUACUCCCAAUUAAUUUUUAAUAAAAAAGGUGUCAGAAAGCCAAAUGAAUAGUAUACAUAAAGAUGAGAAGGGAUAGAAAAAGAGUAGUGACUUAGGGCCCAUACAGACAGGCCAGAAUAAAGCUGCUUCAGGUCAUUUUGGAGGUAUGCUGUUUAAAUGACACAUGCAAAGUAAGAGGCCAGAAGCUGUGCCAAAGCUGUGCUCCAGUCCUUAGGAAUAAAGGCUUUCCAGUCUAUUCCCUUUAGAUUUGAUCUGUCUGUUAGUCAUAAACUGAAGGACCUACAGUAUAAUAUCAUCUGAAGUGAGGAUGAGAAAAGGGUUUAGUUCUCUUAAAGGAUAUAUUUUGGGGUGUCAGAACACAUAGGGUAAAUACUGAAAUGAAUUUAAAAUUGUAUUCCAAGAGUGCACAGAUGUGUUCAAUUGCUAACAGUAUUCAUUACACACAAACACUUUGCUGUGAUCUAUUAUGUGAUUUGUUUCAUUUAGUGUGCCUUUCAUUAAUAGUUUGUAAUAUUAAUUUACCCUGAUGUCAUUUCUGUUUUUUCAAGUGUAAAUAAUGCCUUCUUAAUUUGUUUGCCUUUACCAACACUGAAUAGAAUCUUUUAACAGAUUAUUUGCUUAUUUUCUUCCAGUCGUUCUGUUUUAAAGGGGGGGAGCAUUUUCAUUUCUGUUAGGAAUGUAGAGGGCACUUAUGAAUGACUAUAGAAAAAACAAAAGUAACAACCUAACUGCUGGAAUCUUACAGUUAACUCUGUUGUUGUUAUCUGCGAAU